CCGCCACGCCAUCUGGCCCCGGAGCCGGCUUAGGGAGCGGACCCAAGGCGGCCUGUGCGGCGCCGAAGAGCAGGCCAGGGCCUGGCUCGUCACGGGCCUGUGUGCCCUGCCGGCCGGUCGGGAGGUGCGCUUGGGCGGUGCUUCCCGGAGUCCUGGCAUGGCGGAGGCCUGGGGCUGCCUGAGCGGCUAUGGCCGGCAGUUCCUGCAUGACUACGGCCGGAGGAUGGGAUACCGGGGCGGGCUAGAGGCGGGUGAGGUGGUGAGUGUGAAAGAGGUGUCAGAAAGAACCCGGCCCUUUUCUCAAGGUUUAUCCCUAGCCCUUGAGUCUUUUGAGCAGUUUCAGAUGGGAUUAGGGCAGGCCCUUCAGAGCAGCUUUAGUGUAUGAUUGCUCCAAGUGGGCACCGGCUAAUAAAGAAAUGGAUCUCCUUGGCAGUCCUAAGUGGCUACUUAAAGGUGGGGGAAGGGAACUAUUUCUCGGAAGAGGUGCUGAUGGACCUUAUUUUCUGAUGGUGAGGCUUAUGCCUACAUUUUUGGGGGAGUGGGAGGAGUAUGUUUUCUUUGGGACCUAACUGCUACUUCUUCCAUUGGUAGCAAGUAACUUGAUGGAAGCUGUUGGAAUAGUUAUUGCAGAUCCCCUACCCACCCUUGCAGCUUCGGCAACAAUAAAACACAGUGUUGUCUAAUUGGACAAAACUCUAUUGUGAAUUAGAAAGUAGAGGCAUUCCGGCUUCUGGACUCUAUUCUCUGAAGGUUUCUGUUUCGUGCAUAGAAGUUAAACUUGCUUCAGACCAGAAACUGCAUCCUAUUUAACGCUAUAUACAUCCCGAUUUUGUAUUUUUGAGCUUUAGGAAAUAAAUUUACAUUUGUUUGGGGGAAAAGUUGUUACAAAUGGGAUAUGAUUGGAAAGUAAAGAUAACAUAGGACCCGGUGGUGAAAGUCUGAAAUUUCAGUUACUUAGAAGGUCGAGGCAGAUGGAUGGUGGCAAGUUCAAGGCCUACCUGGACUACAGAGUGAGCUCAAAGCUGUCCCGGGCAACUUGGUGAGAUUCUCUCAAGAUAGAGUAAAAAGAGGGCUGGAGAUAAUAACAGCUCAGUGGUAGAGCAAAAAGUUCGAGGCUCUAGGGUCAGCCUCGAAAAAUGUUGGAAAAAUGAAAAAUCAGAGUGAAAUCUUGAUUCAUUUUAACUUUUAGAAAAUAGUAGCUACAUGGAAGGAAACUACAUAUGAACAAGAAGUUACUCUUUUUUUUAAGCACAUUGCUUCUUAACUUUAGAAUGGACAGAUUAUCAGUGUUACUGCCUACUUGCUGACUUUCCAUUAUUAACAUGUUUAUGGUUUGAUUCAGAAGGCACCGUUUUGCAGAUUAAACCUUGUAGGCAUUAAAGAAUGUGUUUGGUGUAAUGGAAAAAUCUCAUCUAGUGUUGUUGGUAGUGGAAACUCAAUUUUCAUUGUAGAUGAUGGUGCAUUUUUCAAUAAAAAAAUAAAUGGGAGGAUUGUAGAAGUCAGUUAAGUUUCACUGCUCUAGUUUUUAUAUAAUUAAUUGAGAUUUCUUUCUUUCAUUUUUUUUUUUAAAGAAACAAAAAAAUUGCAUUAGCAAGGAAUUUGGUUAAAACUUGAAUUGCUUUUAUUUACAUGCAAUUAUAUUAAAUCAUCAAACUUACCUAGCUUACUGGCAUUAAAAUUAUGUUUUGAAAUAAAUCAAAGAUAUUCUCAAAAAUAACUUUUUGACUUAAAAGUGUGUAUUUUACUUUAGUUAAAUCUCAUCCAGUUUUGUCAGUUCUUAGAUUUAUCUCAGUUACCAGUCAGGUAGCUGUUAUGCAUGACAUUAUCCUUUCUUGUUUUAGAUAAGAAUGAAUGCUGAUGAACUACUAAGACCUAUAAAAACUGGGGAUUUUGGUGGGGGUAGGGGGGUAGUGUCGUACUUUUCCAUAUUUUCUUGAUUUAUUACUUUAGCAUUUAUGAGUAAUACUGUUCUUAAGUAGCAUUCAUGAACACCCGAGCAUGUAUCCCUUGUUGAAAGUUUAUAAUUAGAAAUACCAGUCAAGGCAAAGGUAGGAUAUAUCCCAGACCAUCAUUCCUUGAGCUAGUAUUCUUAUACAUCUAAACUAGGCUUGAUUCUGUUUUAGGUUAUUUAAAUUCAAAGCAUUGCUUGGAUGUACAGGCACAUUGUAAGAAAAAAAAAAUCUCACAAGUAAAGAGAAACUUUACUAAGUAAGUUACCAAGAGACAUCAAAAUUUGAGCUGUAGCUAGUUUACUGGAACCUACAUAGCCAUACAUAUUUAAAAAAAACAAACAAAAACCAGAAUGGUUUUGUGUAAUUUGUUUUCAGUGGGGAGAAAAACCAGAAAGAAUUUCUGAAGAACUUUCUCUAAUAAAUAACUACUCUUUUAAAGAACUUAGUGAUUGCACAUUAAUUUGUAUAGCCAAUCUAUUUACUGGCUUUUUAUAGUUUUUAACUUAAAAGUAUACAUAUCAGAGGUCAGACAUAGAAUAUUUUCUUAUUUCUUCGUGUAAGUCCACUUGUAGAAUUAAAGUGAAAGGCUCAUUUUCAAGGGAUUGAGAUGGUGUUAAGUGUUUUCAAGUUAAACUAGUUGCCUAAUUGUUAUCAUAUAGUCAUUUAAAAUUUUUGCUUUGAGGAGGGAGGCAUAUUGUUGCAGGCCUUUAAUACCAACAUUCUGGAGGGAGAGUCAGGUUAAUCUCUGUAGUUGAGGCCAACCUGAUCUAUAAUAUAUUGCUUUAGAGGACAGCCAGAGCUAGCUACAUAGUGAGGCCCUAUCUCAAAAAAACAAAACAAAAACAAAAUCAAAACAGAAAACAACAACAACAAAACCCUUUUAUAUAUAGUUCUGACUUUGAAUUCUCCUGUAGUGUGACUCAGGGCCUGGCAUAUGCUAGGCAAGUAUUCUAUCCCUGAGCUAUACCCAGGACUUAAUAUAUUCAUUAUAUGUAUUUUUGAGACAGGAGUCUCACUGCACAGCUCAGGGCAUCCUGGAACUCAUGCUAUAUCAUCAUUCUGUUUAUGACAUAGCAUGUAUUUAUACUUUCCCCUCUUUUCAUGCUUUUUAAUUUAUUUCAUUUGUGUUUUGAGAUCAAAUUUCCCUGUAUUGCCAAGGCCUUUUCCUUUUCUUUUCGUUUCUCUUGGGCUCCAGUGAUGGUCUUGCCUCAGCUUCUUGGGUUCCAGGACUACAAAUGUGUCAUACACAUCAAGUGCUAACUACAACAGGGUGCACUCUCUGUUUUAGCUAGCUACUACUUUUUUUGUUUAUUUGUAUUUUUUUUAAAAAAAUUAAAAAGGUCUUUAUUUAAAUUGUGUCUAUGUGUGGGUAUGUGGGUGCCUGCAGAGGCCAGAAGAGGGCGCUGGAUCCCCAGAGCUGUAGUGUGACCCAUGGUUGUGAGCUGCCCUUAGUAGAUGGAUGGUGGGAAGUGAACUCUUGUACUGCAAGAGGAUCUGGUGUUAUCUGCUAAACCAUUCUCCAGCCACUCUUUUUGUUGUUGUUAUUUUCCUUUUACAUGUUAACUACAUUAAUAUCUAUAAACAGCUUAAUUUUCCUAUAAGGUGAUGUAAUAAGUAGAACAAGAAUAUGUUUAGGCUGCAUUUGAUGAAUGCUACUUUUUGGAUCAGGAAGUGAUCAUGCUUCUAAUUUAAGCUGGCUGGAUCCUACGGAACCCUUGAUGAUGGUAGCAGUCUUGAUUGUUUUUAGUUCAAAGUCUAAAAGUUUUUUUUUUCUUCUUUUUUUUCCUUUUCUUUUUGUUUCUUUUGAGACAGGGUCUUUCUAUGUAUUAUUCCUGGCUAUUCUGGGAGUCUAUGUAGACCAGGCUAGCCUUGAACUCAAGCGAUCCACUUGCCUUUGAUGCCCAGCUAACAGCCUGCUCUUUUGAGCAGUCAGGUAGACUUUUGCAAUCAUAUAAUUGAAUUUUUUUCCAAAAAUGUUCUUUUUUUCAACUUUAAUUCAGGAUAAAUGUCUUACAGUGUGUAGCAGUAGAUGACCAGGUAAAUUGCUGGAUAAUAUGGAAGUUUAGAACAAAGCUUGAAAGUUGUUCCUGAGCUUUUCUGGCAAGUCAACUUUUCAGAGCUUUACUUUGAAAACUUAAGUCUGGUUUUCAGGCUAAGAUUUAGAGUUUAAAUAAGGAGUGCCAUAUAUUGUUAGAGGAGUUUUCCCAUGUCAUGUUUCAAAGUGCACACAUUGUUCAGUAGCUGUUUUUCUUUCCUCUUGUUAUCCGUUUUAAAGGGAGUUUCAGAAGUGACUUGAUACACAUAUGCUUUGGCAAAUAUACACAAAACUGAAAUAUUAGUAAUAUUUCCUUAAUAUUGAGACGUUUUAUUUAGCUAAAAAUAGCUAUAAUUACUGACACUUUCCUCAGGCUUAAUUAAAAAAAAAUCAUACUUCCAAUUCAGAUAUUGUCAGUUCCAAUUACUUGACAGUAUAUCUUUUAGGUAUAAUUUUUUUCUUUCUUUCUUUUUUUUUUUUUUUUUUUUUGACAGGGUUUCUCUGUGUAGCCCUGGAUGUCUUGGAACUUACUCUGUAGACCAGGCUGGCCUCGAGCUCAGAAAUCGCCUGCCUCUGCCUCCAAAGUGUUGGGAUUAAAGGCAUGCGCCAGCUGGCAUAAUUUUCUAAUUUUAAGAAAUGCUUAGUGUACUGAUUCUAAAUAGCUUGACAGUAUGAUUUUCUAAUUUUUAAAAAAGCUAACUAUAGAGGCAAGUAUCUCCUGAUUCUUAGCAAGACUUUACAACUAGAAGUCACUACCAUGGGUGUUUCUCUUAGCACGGAGACAUUGGGGCAGAUACUUUUUUCUUUCUUUUGUGGGAGAUAGGGGCAGCUCUACUUUGACUAACUUACCUAAUCUUAACUAUUAAGAGUCAUCCUUCCUUCAUUUUCCACAUUUUCCACCAUCCAGUUAGCCCAGGUCAGACUGAUUUCCAGACCUUUUUUUCCAGUUUCUCUGAAUAACUAAUCCUAAUUGUGGGCCUCUAAUUUUAUUUUGGCUCUUGACUCUAGAUAUUCAGUUCAACUGUCAUACUGCUAUCAAACACAUGUAAAAGUUAUUCUUUUGCCUAAAAGAGAUUUUGUUGUUGUUGAAAGUAUAGUUCAUAUUCCUUAUGGCAGUCAUAGUUUCCAUUUUAGUAUCUAAUGUUUUUCCAUCUCAACUGUUCUGUCCUAAUCUCCCACAGCCCUGACUGCUGCAGUGCUUAUAAUUAUAAUACACUUAGAAAGUUUCUUGUUUCUAUUCAUGCUAUUACUUCUUGUAAUAACUUUUCUCUUAAACUGCUUAAGGAUUUCUUUAUCUUUCUCUGGGGUCUCUUUAUUUACCUUUUCAGUGCUUCCUUGUUUGCUUAGUGCUUUAUAUGGAUAUUUUGUGUAGCCCACAAGAGCUUGUUAUAGCCAUCUCUAUAUCUAAGUCUUUCUACUUGACUAAAUAUGAGGGCUUUGAUGGUGAAAGCUGAAACUCCUUGGUCUUUGUGUGCACAACAUACAGCAUACUUACAUAGUCUGACAGAAAAAUACUAGGGAAACAUUUUGAAAUGUUUCCUUAUUUACCAGAUAAUCUGUAAACCAAAGGAAGCCAAAUAAGAUUUUUUUCAAGUACUAGUAAAUUAAUUUAUGGUUUCUAAAUGCUGCAAAUGUGAAUAGUUUAAGACUACAAUGUUUAAAUUCUAAGAGAGAAGCUUUUAAUUUUUUGGAUAGGUUUUGAGACAGGUUUUUGCUGUGUGUGGUUCUGGCUGUCCUCGAACUUGUUUGGAGACUGGGCUGACCUCAAACUCAGACCCACCUGAUUCUGCUGGGAUUAAAAGGGUAUGGUACCAUUCCUGGCUAAGAGGACAAGCUUUUAAAAGCCUCCUUAUUUAAUCUUUGGGGUGUUUUGUUUUGAGACUAGGUCUCACUAUGUAGCUUGACUGGCCUGAAACUUGCUCUGUAGACCAGGCUAGCCUCAAACUCAGAGAUCCGCCUCCCUCUGCUGGGAUUAAAGGGGGGAUGUGUUACCACUACUGGUUAAGAGUACAAACCUUUAAAAGCCCCUUAAUUUAAUCUUUCUUUUUUGCUACUAGAUCUUACUAUAUUUCCCUGGCUGGCCUGAAACUUCCUGUGCAGACUAGACUGGCCUUGAAUUCAUAGAGAUCUGUCUGUCUCUGCCCACUAAGAGCAAAGUUUAAAGGUGUGCAUCACCAUGUCUAGCCUAAAGGCCUUUUUAGAUGUAACAUUUAUACUUGUGUGUCAUUUCUUGGCUCUUUUUAUGAACUGACAUAAUGGUAUUACCAGUUGAUUUAUUCCAGUGUUGAUUUUCAAAGAAUUGUCCACAAAGAAGCUGUUUGACAAGGUGUUAUUUCUCUUUAUAAAUGUUUUGACAUUUAUUCAUGGUGUAGAAGCAGUGAGUAGAUAAAACUUAAGGUACCUAGCAAGAGUUACUCUAAUAAAUUGGUAAUUCAUUAUGUUCUUCCCCACCACACACACUUUCACUUAUUAAUGAGUCUAAGUUCAAUACCAGUUCCUUCUGUUUUUUGAGACAGGGUCUUGCAAUUGCAUAGUCCAAGUUGGUCUGGAACUCAUUAUGUAGAUCAGGAUGCCUUAGAACUAGUUUCCCUCCCCUGCAUGUAGCCUGUUAAGUGCUGGGGUCACAAGUGUGUAUGCCACCAUACUUGGCUUGCUAGUUUUAUGUUGUAAAUGCACAUCUUCUCAGCUUGUGGGAUAAAAUGAGAGGUAUGCAUAAAAUUCUUCUACAAACUAAAGUAGGAUGAUUAUUUUAAAUAAAAAAAAUUGUGCUCAACUUUUGACUUAUUAGCUAAAUGCUGAAGGGGUAGCAUUUUUACUUGGAAGAUGUAUUAAAAACUAUGUCAUUUAAAUAUUUAUCACACAUAUUUUUCUUUAAACAGAAUGUAUUAGCUGUUUCAAGGAAAAGAGCUAAAACGUUGCUGAAUUUGAGUUUUAUUUGAUUUACAAUUUUGAGAAUCUUUAUUUGCCUUUGUGAAAUAGCUUUCUUGUAUUGGAAAACUAUAUAAUAAAAAUACAUUACCAUUUGGAAGAUGCAUAAUGUUAUGAACCAGUAUUUCCAGAGAUUGUUAGGAAUGAGAUAGAAUUCUUAAAAAGGUUAAUAACGUAAUGUACUGACUUUUGGUGUUCUGGCUUUAUAGUGAAAUGACAUGACCAGGAGAUAAUAGGGGCUUUCUUUCAUUUUAAUUAUUGCAGUAGUACUACUCAGAAGAAUUCUUGGUUUAAUAUAAGAGUCCAUAAAACUUUUUCUAACUAGUUUUAUUUUUCCUCCUUUUCUUCUGGGGCAGGAGGUGGGAACAUUCAAGACAAAUUCUGUCACUAAACUAUAUUUCAAACUUAUAAAAAAUAAUUUUAAAGCCUGAUAUUUUAAAACUAUUAUGUUUGUUUUGCCUGUGUGUAUGUCUGUGUAACACAUGUCCAGGAAUAUCAGAGAGGGCUUUGCAUCCCCUGGAACUUAAAUUGAAAGAUACAGUAUCUAAAAUUAAGCACUAAUUAAGAUGCAUUUAAUAGCACAUUAGACAAAAGAGGUCAAUAGAAAUUAUUCAAACUGAAGCAUGGAGAAAAGGCCGAUAGCAGGCCAAUAAACCCAGAAGAACUAACAGAAAGUGCUAAUAUAUGUGUGGCUAGAGCCUCAGAAGAACAUAAGUAAAGGAGGAUGGUAGAACUUCCAAAACUAAUAAACAUGCCCAUAGUCAAAAGAUCUGAUGUUAUCUCAGGAAUAAAUGCAAAGGAAAUACUGACUGGGCUUAUUAAUGGAGUUUUUUUGACUUUUGAGGACGAGGAACAAAAAAAAAUUUUUUUGAGAUAGGGUCUCUUUAUGAAGUGUUGGCUGUUGUCCUGAAACACUAUGUAGGCCAGAUUGGCCUCAAACUCGAAAUGAUCUGCCCAUCUCUGCCUUGUGACUGCUGGAAUUAUAGAUGUGUGCCACAAUGCUCCUCUAAGGGAAGAAACAAGACAAAAACAAAAGCCCUCCACACCAUUCUCACAGUGGAACCCAGAAAACAACAAUCAUUUUUUUGAGUAUCUUGUGUGUGCAUGUAGUGCCAGGGCCUUGCACUUGAUAGGCUGACAUUUUCCCCUGAGGUACAUCUUUAGCCAUGCUUGUUUGUUUUUUGAGAAAGUGGUUUUGUACUAUAAAUAGCUCAGACAAGCUUUAACUUGCUAUUUAACCCAAGCUUGCCUUGAAUUUGUGAUUCUUAUACCUCAGUACCCCAACAACCUUAAAAUGCAAAGAACUUCCAAAAAAAAAAAUCCAGCAAGUACAUUUUAGGGACCUGGAGAGAAGGUUCAGUGGUUAAAAUCACUGACUUCUCUUCCAGAGAGAAAUACUUACAGCUUCCACUCUCAAAUUUCUAUUUGUUUUUGUUUGCUUCUUUGUUUUUGAUUUGUUGAGACAGGGGUUCAUUAUAUAUCGCUCUGGUUGGCUUGGAACUUACAGUGAUUCUCCUGCAUCUGCCUACCAAAUAUUAGAAUAUAUUGUCCCAUGCCCGUCCUGCUAUUUGAUCCAUUGAUAUAAACUGCAGUGUUCUACCGAUGACUUCUCAGGUACUUUUGUGCUUUGCUCCAUUUUAGACUACCUUGUGUUUAUGCUUGUGAGUGCCAUAGCAUUAUGUGGCGAUCAGAGGACAACUUUGGAAAUCAGUUUCUCCUUCAACCUUGUUGGGUGCAUAUUGGGUACUUCCAGAAGUUUGAAUUCAGUGAUGCAAAGGACAGGCGGGCUGCAGCAGCAAAGAAUCCAGCAACUAUCACGAGAAUACUCCUUAGCCACUUCAAUUGGGAUAAAGAGAAGCUAAUGGAAAGGUACUUUGAUGGAAACCUGGAGAAGCUCUUUGCUGAGUGUCAUGUAAUUAAUCCAAGUAAAAAGUCUCGAACUCGCCAGAUGAAUACAAGGUCAUCGGCACAGGAUAUGCCGUGUCAGAUCUGCUACUUGAACUACCCUAACUCGUAUUUUACUGGCCUUGAAUGUGGACAUAAGUUUUGUAUGCAGUGCUGGAGUGAAUAUUUAACUACAAAAAUAAUGGAGGAAGGCAUGGGGCAGACUAUUUCGUGUCCUGCGCAUGGUUGUGAUAUCUUAGUGGAUGACAACACAGUUAUGCGCCUGAUCACAGAUUCCAAAGUUAAGUUAAAAUAUCAACAUUUAAUAACAAAUAGCUUUGUAGAGUGCAACCGACUGUUAAAGUGGUGUCCUGCCCCAGAUUGCCACCAUGUUGUUAAAGUCCAGUAUCCUGAUGCAAAACCAGUUCGCUGCAAAUGUGGCCGCCAGUUUUGCUUUAACUGUGGUGAAAAUUGGCAUGAUCCAGUUAAAUGUAAGUGGUUGAAGAAGUGGAUUAAAAAGUGUGAUGAUGACAGUGAAACUUCUAAUUGGAUUGCAGCUAACACAAAGGAAUGUCCCAAAUGCCAUGUCACAAUUGAGAAGGAUGGCGGUUGUAAUCACAUGGUCUGUCGUAACCAGAACUGUAAAGCAGAAUUUUGCUGGGUGUGUCUUGGCCCUUGGGAACCGCAUGGAUCUGCCUGGUACAACUGUAACCGCUAUAAUGAGGAUGAUGCAAAGGCAGCAAGAGAUGCCCAAGAGCGAUCUAGGGCGGCCCUGCAGAGAUACCUGUUCUACUGUAAUCGCUAUAUGAACCACAUGCAGAGUCUACGCUUCGAGCAUAAGCUGUAUGCUCAGGUGAAACAGAAGAUGGAGGAGAUGCAGCAGCACAACAUGUCCUGGAUCGAGGUGCAGUUCCUGAAGAAAGCAGUUGAUGUCCUCUGCCAGUGUCGUGCCACACUCAUGUACACUUAUGUCUUCGCUUUCUACCUCAAAAAGAAUAACCAGUCCAUUAUCUUUGAGAAUAAUCAAGCAGAUCUAGAAAAUGCCACAGAGGUGCUUUCGGGCUACCUUGAACGAGAUAUUUCCCAAGAUUCUCUGCAAGAUAUAAAGCAGAAAGUCCAAGAUAAGUACAGAUACUGUGAGAGUCGACGAAGGGUUUUGUUACAGCAUGUGCAUGAAGGCUAUGAAAAAGAUCUGUGGGAGUACAUUGAGGACUGAGACUGGCCCUGCAUAAAAUGAACUCUGAAAACUUUACCAUCUAGAGUGCUCAUGCAAUUAAAACAAACACAAACAAGGAGGCACUAAGCCUGUUCUGACACCGCUGGUCUGUAGUACCAGAAUUCUGUUUUGUUAACGGAAAGUUUAAGUAAAUUAUAUUGUAAUAAAAAAGGUAGAUAAACCAUUGUACAACAGUAUUCUAGGCCGCCAACAAAGUGUGACAGACACACAAAAGCCCUCCAACUUUAACUUGUAACGUAGCUUCAUUCUCAACGCUGACUUCCUUUUUCUUUUUCCUGAGUGUAGUACAGUUAAAAUUUCAAUAGCUCCUUGACACUGCUUUUCAUGUCCAAACCAGCCAUUUUGUUGUACUUUGGUAAAGGACCUCUUCCCCUUCCUCCCCUGCACAUACACACCUCCACACACAGUUGGAUUCACUUUCUCUCAUACCCUCAGGUCAUGAGUGAAUAAUGAUUAUUAGCUACUUGUAAAGGAAAUUCUUUGGAGGGAGAAGGGGAUAGGCAGCAAGAGGAUUAAAAAACAAAAAACACAAAAACUUUGUAUAUGACUUUUAAAACAAGAGGACAACACAGUAUUUUUCAAAAUUGUAUAUAGCGCAUAUGCAUGGAUAAAGCAAGCGUGGCACGUGUUUGCAUAAUGUUUAAUUACAAAAAUAUUUAUUCUUUAAAAAGCUUCAAGAUUAUGUCUAUUUGCUGUGCAUUUUCUUUCAGUUGGCUUUAUCUUUCUAGGGUUGGGUUGGGAUAAAGGUGUUUGUUAAGCCCCUCUGCAAGACCUAACUAGAGUGCUUUCCCCCUCCUGAGGUCAGUUUGCCCUUUGUGGUUUGGUUGUAUCUUUUGCUGGCCAUGGGCCUCAUGCCUAGAAUUCUCCGCUUCUGGAUCUAGAUCCAGGAAGUCACAUUCUAAGCAAAUGCCUCGGCCUGUUAAAGGGUUUAGUUGCUUCAGUUCAUGAAUGAUCCUAUCCCAGCCUACUCCUCUGUGGCCUUGACGCCCCCAUUCCAGCCUGUGUGCCCACACCACGCACACUGCCUGCCGUAGGCUUUCUAGGCUUCCCAUCACAUCUCGGGGAGGCAUUUCAAAGUUUCUUUUCCUGUUUUAUUUUUCCUGAAUUGCUGCUUUGAGCCUUUUAAAUUUUAGUUAUGGCUCGUCUCUCAUCCCUUCUUUAUGUUAGGGUGUUGAAUACAAUGUUUUCACUUUAAAUAUAAAUAAAUAGCCAUUCACUUAGUCUGAGAUUGUGAAUUAAAAUGGUGGAUACUGAAAUUACUUGUGUGUGUUGCGGUGGGUUCAGUUUGAAGGCAAACACCACUAGAACAUGAUACUCCCAUCCAGUACAUUUGAGUAGGAAUCACUGAGUUUUGCUUCUUUUCUAUUGUCAGCAUAUAGGAGAAUAAUGCAUUUUAGCUGUGAUGUCCAUUUUUAUGAAAUUUCUACUAAAAGCUAUGUUAAAAGUAAAGGAUGGUGGUGGUUUUAUUAACUAUAUACUUGUUUAGGCCAUUCUGCCUGUGGUAUUUUUCAACAGGUCAGCAUCCCUAAGACUGUCAGUUUUAUAUAAGAGUGCAGAGUGAACUAGGCAACUAGAUCAAGAGGUAAAACUAUUAAAUGCCAGUUUUGGCUGAGGACCUCUUUGUCUUCCUUUAACUGUCCUGUGCCUAGGGAGUGUUUACCAUUUGUGAGGCAGCCGUGCCUGCUCUUGCAGUGUACAUCUUAUUACUCCAUUGGGAAGUAGGCUCACUUUCCUCUGGCUUUUUGCCUAAGUUAGGCUUUGCUGAAUCACCCUACUUUUCCUUUUAGAAAGGUUGUUACAUGAGAUGUACUUGCAACUGUUCUUUUCCCAUCAGAAAUCAGUGAAUGUUUGCUGAGUAUAUUAUGCUGCUUCCUCAAACCACUUGUCGCUUUAGGAUCAACUUGUAUCUUUUUCUUCCCUUUCCUUGUCACCUCAGGUGGCAAAUCUGAAGUCAAGUGUCUGCUUUUCCAUUUUCUCUAUCCCCUAUCAUUCUCCCAUUAUCCAUUUGACUUUAUUUUAAAUAAUUGCAUCAAUCUUAAGACCUUUAUCAACACCAAGGAGAUUUCAAAGAAAGCUCAAGUAAGUUCCUUUUCCUGGUGACUUUGAAAAGCGACCAGAAUUGUCACAUAGAUAUAUGUGGUCCCUUAAAAUGCUUUGUGUAUGUGGUGUUUAAAAAGAGUUGACUUCACAGUAUCUAGGUCUGAGUGUCAUAAGUUCUCUUCAUGCUCUGCCCUGCAACAAGCGUCCAAAAAAGAGUGUGCAUCUCAUAGUCUCAGUCCCCACCACGGAGGGAUAGUGUAGUUGGUGACACUUUCUAGUCCCACAUGGGACCUGAGGAUAUUGCACUCACAAUUUGUGUGGAUCAAGGGGAACUGGCUCUUCUGCUACAUCCAAGUUUUUAACAACCGUCUCCAUAUCUGACAGCAUUUCCAGAAUUUACCUGCCUUUGUCAGUAGCUAGCUUCAGUGCUCCCAGCUGGGACAGGCAAGCCAUAUUGUUAACAGCUUCCCUAUUUGACCUACCCAAGUCUCUCAGAGGGCUCUACUUAAACAUCAGGGUCUCCCUGUGUUGUUGAGAUCAGUUACAUUGUCAGUGCAUGCUUCAUUUGAGCAAUUCAUUGAGCAACAGGUGAAUUUUCAAUGAUUUACAAUAAAAUUUUGAUCCAAAGCUCAGGAGACAUACCAUAGUGGUAAAUGGAGUAGCAUAUAACAUUACCAGACUCUAAAUUCUUUGUAAUUUGCUGCAACCCAGAUUGUAUAUGUUUUAUGUGUGUUCAAAUAAAUAUAUUAAAGACACACGUGUAUACAUACACACAAAUAGAUCCAAGACUGACUUGAUUUGAAAUGGUUGAAUCUGCAGUGUAAUGUGUGGUUCACCUGUUAAGUAGGACUUGAAAUUUAGAACAAGAAGAGUAAAAGGCUUAAAUGUAACAAAUUCUUUUAGCUAUGUCCGGUAUAGAGCACUUGGGGGAUGGGAUGGGGUGGGUUGGUGAGACAAUCAGAUCGAUAAAUUGAUUAAAUGCUCCUAACCCUGUAAUUUUGUGCAUAGAGCACCUUGUGCUGUGGAAAUAACUGUUCUUAGAUUUUCAUUGUAACUGGACUGUUCAGGUUGCCCAGAGGGAAAGAACAUUCCUAAUUCUAAUAAAAUAAACUUUUAUUUUGUUAUUCCAUUA